AUGAAUUCGUCUGAAAAAAUGCAAUUUGAAUCUUUACCCAAUGAUUUACUACUCGAAAUCUUCGAUUAUCUCGAUGGCAUUGAACUCUUCCGAAUCUUUCCUCAUCUUAAUUCACGUUUUACCGAACUCCUCUCGUUCUACUCACGCUAUUAUGAUUUCAAUUUUCAAUCGAUCACCAAGAACGAAAUGGAUUUGGUUUGUCAGGAAUCAUUUCGGGAGAAUGUUUGGAAAAUCUCCUCAUUGACACUUUCCGAUGAUGAUGAUACGCCCUACCAGACUGAAUUAUUUUUCUCCUAUAGAUUACCUUUUCAUAAUUUCUUUUCAUUACGAUCGUUGUCUUUAUAUCAUAUCCGUUCUAAAGUGGCAUUCUAUUGGUUAUUAUCAAACUUAAGGUUUUUUCCGCAUUUCAACUACUUAAAAAUCGAUCAAAUCGAUAUUGAUCGACAGGAUAUUUAUCCUUAUUGUUACUCAAUUUGGUCCCUGUUCGCUCUUACCGACCUUUACAUAUCCGAUCCGAACCUUUUUCUCGAUUAUUUCUUGUACAAUCUCGACAUAUCUGUAUCUCUUAAGCGCCUACAUCUAUUGGAAAUUUCGUUUCUUCCAACUGAAUUCGAAACUUUACUCAAACAUUCACCGUCCGUAGAAGAAUUAACAAUCGAAAUCUACCAAGAUUUGGAUGACGAUGAUCUUUCCAUUGACGCGGAUUUGCAAAGCACUCUUCCAUUAAUAACAAUCCUAAAUCUAAAAUUUACCGGCUAUUUCAGUGGAUUAGAUCAUAUUCUUCGAUUAACACCACAUGUACUCAAAUUACACAUCGAAUUAUUCAAUCAGAAAAUCGAUGGCUAUCAAUGGCAAGACUUGAUUUGUAAACAUUUACUGCACUUGUCAGAUUUUCAUUUAAAAAUGUCGUUUUACUUGACAAUGGACUACGAUCUUGAAAUGGAAGUCGAUGAAUUAGUUGAAUCGUAUCAGAGAUCCUAUUGGACUUUACAACGGCAACUGCAUUUUCGUUGCCUAUCCAAUCUUGAAUAUAACAAUUCGGAAGAGCAGUAUUUCGUUCUGUUCUAUAGUUUACCAUACGUAUUCGAUGCAUUCAAAUAUAUCAAACCUGUUUACUCGAAGUCGACGUAUAAUUUUCAAGCCAUCGAAUGUGAAUCAUAUGACACCGUUCGCAUUCUCUGUCUGGUUCCCGAUGACGACAAACCUACUGAUGAAAUCGAUGAAAGAAUUCAAUUUUCCAACCUUCGCCAUCUUGUUAUUGGUUAUACAUUCAAAUAUCUCGAUAUUUUCUGUCCAAAAUUGAACUUUCUAACAAUCCUCGACAUUCAGUAUCUCGAUGGUCAAGUUCGAUCGCAUGUGCAAACGUUACUCAAUCGUGCACCUCGGUUACAAACGAUCAUUUUCAAUAAGAAUAACUGGUCGUUUUUUUUCCUUGCAAGUAAUUCUGUUCGACGUCUGUCUAUUCGAGAUGGAAUCUAUUACAACAUUCAACAAUGCGAGCAACUAUGUUCUUCUUCAUUGUUUCAACAAUGUCAAGUUUUAGAAAUCAAUCUUCAGAAGAAAACAAGUGUAGUCGAUCUCAUCAAUCGAAUAACGUGUCUACGAACACUAAUUUUCCAGUGUCAAUGCGAACAAUGGAAAGAAAGUCCGACGAAAUUAGAAACAUGGUUUAAACAUUAUUUACCAUCGCGGUAUUUGAUUAAGCGAGACGAAUUCGGAUCGUUUCGACUGUCGCUACAUUAUGGAUCGAACAUCGAAGUCAUUCAGGAUUUUAUUCAAAUAACAAAUACGUAUAAAAGUUUCGCCGAACGAUGCAAUGGCUUUUCGAAUCAAACUGAUAUUGGAUAUGGUAAUUGUUCACCGUUGUCAUAUGAAACAUUUAAUACAUCGAUCUUAUGUAUUUGUGCAACGAAUUUAUGUAAUCAUGAUCUUGAUUCGUGCCGAUUUUCAGUUCAGAAUCAAACACAAUCAAAUUCUGCACCAGUAAGUUUACCAGCAUUGCUUCCUCGACUGCAGACAUCGAUUUCUUGUGUCAAUUCAUUGUUUUCUCAAACUGAUACUGUCAAUACGACUUAUUAUUGUGCCAAUUCGCACUCUCCUUAUAUCAAUUUGACCGCAUGCAUUGAAUAUUAUCGUGCAAAUACAGUUUUAUGUGUUCUUAUACUUCAAGGCAAUGGAACUUUGGCGGUCGGAUUAUCCGAAGACGAAUAUCGAUUGAUUCUGCUUGCAAAUAUCCAAAAUAUUCACUAUUUUGAUCAGUAUUCCGGUGUAAGUGUAGCAUAUAAUCAAAGUUCAUCAUACUUUUAUGUGAUUUACAAGCAAAUAAUUGAUUCAAGUAACGAAACGUAUAUUCAACAAGUAUGCUUUUGUGCCCAAGAUAAUUGCACGUCAAAUAUGACAAGCUGUCUUAAUGCAAAUCGAUCAUUAACCGUUACCAAUAAUGUACACAAUCAAUGCUGUUAA